AAUACGUGCCUAGAUACCUAAUAUAAAGUAAUCUAUUCCUCUCUCUUUUCCCGACGUUGACAGUUCAAAGCACAUCAUUUCUCCAAUCAUGACCAGUUGCUUAUUAUAUGCCAAGGUAGCCUGCUUCUACAUAUUAAAUGUCAGACACGUCGCUCUUAUAACCCACUGGCCACAACCAAUCCCAAUCUUCCACAAAUUUGCCAUGCGCUUGAUAUUAUAUAUAUUAAGACGUCUACAACUUAUUUAUUCAGUCCCCUUCAAAAGCUUUUUCUUUAAACCCUAUCUGGGCCAUAUUGGUCGAGUGGUUCGGGCAUUAUUACAAGGUCUAGCAUGAAGCUCAAGGCGGUCCGCCAGAAGCUUCGGCCGCACUCAAGCGGCCUUCCUCCGCUACGCCGGCUCUUAUCGGACUGCUUUAAAGGAUCAUCUGAAAAAGGCAGUGUAUCGCCUGAGCCGGCUGAAAAUCAAUCACUGGCGGAGCCGACGGACGUACAUUCACCGCGCGAAUUGGCGAAUAGUAGAUCAUCAUGGGAGCUCGCCACAGGUCCUAAGCUAUGUAACUACUGCGCCAACCUUGUAUGCGGGAUUUUCACGUUCGAAUUUGGUCAGGAUAACUGGAAAAAAAUACCGUAUCAUACCUCUAUCACGGACCUCGAAGCUGCAGUAGCUUCUACGGGGUGCUCAUUAUGCGACAAGAUCCUUGUCUCUUACUCAGACACCGAGCUUCAGACCCUCCGUGAGAGAGACGAUGUUGGUUUACUGGCUAGGCUUGGUUUUUUCGAUAGCAACUGCGAUACUUUUGUCCUGCAUUGCGUAGCUACGAAUGGAGAAGAGUGGAUCGGUGAGGGAACUACUAUUUACUUACUCCCGCCGUGUACAGAGAGCGAUUCUUCAAAUUUUACUCCCUCGACUGGUGACCCCGAAACACUCGAUUUAGCAAAGCUGUGGUUCAACGAAUGUUGCGAGUCUCAUGAACCCUGCCAAGUUCGACAACCCAAGAGCUAUCCCGCUCGCCUCCUCCAUAUCGGAGGGGAGGAUGAUUAUAUUCGCCUCGUCCCUACCUCAAACCUGUUGCCCAAUUACCCCCGAUACGCUACUUUAAGCCACUGUUGGGGCACGGCGCGUCAUCUCACGUUGUUGCGCAGCAAUGAGAACGAUUUCUUGCGUAACAUACCGAAGGCUCAGCUUUCCAAGACCUACGGAGACGCCAUCAUGGUAGCUCGAAAUUUUGGCAUCGAAUACUUAUGGAUUGAUUCUCUGUGUAUCGUCCAGGACGAUCCAGAUGACUGGCUACGAGAGUCCGUGAAGAUGGCUGACGUGUACGGUUGCUCGAGUCUCAAUAUAGCAGCUACGGGCGCUCGUGACGGCACCGUCGGCUGCUUUUUCGAGCGAGACGAACGGCUCAUUCGGCAGCUUUGUAGAGUCCGCAUCCAAUUAUUCCAUAAAGAAAACGCUCCAAUAAACAAUGGUGAUGAUGAUGCCAAUGACGCUGAUAAAAACUACUUCGUCGAUAUUGUGAGUUCGGAUAUUUACAAUCGCGGCAUCGAGGAGUCACCCCUCGUAUCCCGCGGGUGGUGUUUCCAGGAGCGGUUCCUCGCUCCUCGGACCUUACAUUUUGCCGAACCGCAGGUAUUUUGGGAGUGCCAGGUAAUGAGCCGCUGCGAGACGUUUCCAAACGGCGUGCCGCCUCAAUACCGCCCGAGGAACCUUCGUCCAAUCGUGAAGGAAACGAUAGCUCCUAAUCGGGCACACCAUGUGGCACUAAGAUCCGCGAUGAAGGGCUCCUCGAACCUCCAGCUGCCUUACGAGUUCUUUCUCUCCAUGGAGCACGGGGAAAGGAAUUCCAUCUCAACCCUCGCGGAGAUAUGGGCUCAGUGUGUCUCAAUGUACUCUCGAACCAAGUUAACGCGCCAGUCUGAUAAGCUCGUGGCUAUCUCUGGCGUGGCACGCUGGAUCCACGAGCAGGAGGUAUCUCUCCGUAUCGACGAAUCCAGCGGGAAUGAGCCGAAAGAAGAAGAUGAGUACUUGGCUGGGUUAUGGCGUAAGCACAUAGAAACGCAGCUACUAUGGUAUGUGCUACGCCCAAACACGAAAGGGGGUGAGAAACCGAGUAAGAGUCUACAGCAAGAUUAUGGAUAUCACUACGCUAGGCCCAAGAAGUACUUCGCGCCCUCUUGGUCAUGGGCUUCUACGAGAAAUUUCAUCGAGUAUGGCAUCGCAUUUGAUGCUGAAGCUGGCGAUGGCGAUCCGUCUUGCCGCUGGGCUAGACUCAUCACUGUUCUGAAGGCUGAGACGGAACUUAUCAGCAAGGAGGGCGCCUACGGGGGCGUUACCGGAGGGGCCUUGCACGUUGCGUUUGACCGCCUCUAUACAGAUAACAUCCGGAUUCGUAACGAGCCCAAGAGAACCAUGGGACGGACAAUUGACUGGGACAAUGCUGAGCCAGAGUGGCGGACGAUAACGAAGAUAAAAACUACGAUAUAUCUCCUGCCGGUGAUUUCGUGCUGUGAUAGUGAUUCUAGUGAUUUGUGUUUUGAAGAGGGAAUUGUGCUCGAGGAGAUAUUACAGCCCCUGAGGCCCGGGAGACCACCAGUGUUCAGAAGGCUGGGUCAUUUUCGGACUCAGGGAUGCGGGUCUUGGACUGGCCACGCGAUGAAAAAUUGUAAACGCUUUGAGCUUGAGGUAGAUGGUGAGACUUGUAACUGUUUAAAGAUUAUUUAACAAUGGUGGUUAUUGCUAAUGGACGCAGACUUCGUGUAUUAUUAAUGUAGUUUGAUUUAGUUCG